AUGCCGUCGCUCCCCGCGGGCCGUCUUUCCAAGCUGUGGGGAUCCAGCAAGAAUAACGCAAGUGACCCGGCAUCGGCAGAAGCAGCUGCGACUGCUUCGACGAGCCACGCCGACGAAGAUGCACCUAGCUCCCCAGAGACGUCGCCACCAGCGACGCUGCAGCAGACGGGCUCGAAUGUGAAAGAUAGGAGCCUGGCGAACGAUAUCGAGACGAGAAGGCAAACGAACGAGAAGCUGUACGUCGCUGCAGAGGCCUACCAGAGCCACAUGAGCAAGAAGAAGACGCUACCCUUCGAGCUCUCGCAUGCCGAGCUGCUGGAGAUGUCCAUGACCCUCGACGAGGCAUUCAAGACGCACGAUGACCUCCUGGACGGCGCUUCGUCCCACGUACGCGAUGCCGCCGCGGCGCUGGCCACGUCCAAGGCCAGCAUCAAGGACAAGGCAUUUCCCAUUGGCGCACUGGGCAUCGCCAUGGCCAGCUGCGCCGCCGUUUAUCUGAAGCCCGAUCGCAAGGGCAAUACGACCAACCAUGUCAUUCUUGGACGUAACGAGGAGUACGCAUCUCACCUCGUCCACCUCUCUGCGGUCCAUCUAGCCUUGGCACAGAUCCAGGAGCAAUUUGCGACAAAGCUCAGCGACUCGCUUCUGGCCAACUUGGCACGGAGUCAGGCCUCGAUCGAUGCGCUCAAAACCGCUGAGAAGGGUCUGGAGAAUGCAAAGGAGAAGAUGGAGAUGGCAGAAAAGAGGCUGGGAAAGGCAAAGGGCGACAAGGAACGCAGAGAGAGGCAAGAAGAGGCCCGCCAGACGAGGGCAGCCUAUGAGCAGUCUGGCCCAGACUGUGGUGUCAACAUCUUAGGGGCCUAUGUCGGCCUUCAGAUGGAGUACCUCGACGCCCAGCGGGAGAUCCUCACCGGCGCUCAGAAGGCUCUGUACGGCGAUGCUCCAAGGAGCAACACGGAGGGGGUUCAAACUGGGCAAGGCAAGAGGGAACGCGCCCAGUCCUCGCCUCGGAUCAAGAAGGUGCCCAUUGCCGCCGCUGCUGCAACCCCGACGCCUGUGGACAAUGCCCAGAAGAGACCUCUGCUGCCUCACACCCGCUCUGCAUCCAACAUCGUCGCUCGUGGCUCAUCUUUCCUCACGCGUGAAGACAGCAAAGGAGGACCAAUGAGCAGCAAGACGUCCUUGUCACCCAAGACAAAAAAGGAAGACGUUUUGAUAGGAGCAGAAAGGGAAGACGAAAAACGAUGGGAGCAGUAG